AUGGAACUCACACCGUUGCAACGCAGCGUUUUGAGUAAAUACGAAACACUUUCCAAAACGCUUCACAAUCUCGACGAUACAAUCAAGAAUCUGAGAGACAAUGGGUCUUCAGAAUCACCAGAACAAGUGUUGCGACAACUGCGAGAAAUAGAGGUGAAAAUCGCGCUAGUUGGGACCCUUUUCAAAGGUAGCGUGUACUCCCUUGUUUUGCAGAGAAAAGCAGCACAGAGCGCCGAGCAAGCAAGAAAUUGA